GAGCGGGGAGCCGGCGCACCGUUUCUCCCAGUCUCGUUUGCCUCAUGAAUCCUCGAGCUGGCUCCCUCGGUGUACGAAGGAGCGAAGAAGCAAUUGUUUUGCAGUGAAAGACCAACGCAUUGAGCCAGGACUCUGAACUCUCAUUGGGGCUGUUUGGGUACAGUUUUCGAGACUUCGUCAGAUAAAAUUGACAUUUUGGACAAUAAUUGUCUAUUUCAAUUGAGGAUGUAAAACGAGUGCUUCUCAUUAGUGUCAUAUAGUCUACUGAAAGAUUGAAGUCGAGUAGCUUAAAUUUCGCAGCGUUGCCUUCCUGGGAAAGAAGACUGUGGAUGCAUGCGUGGGCUUUAGUGAAAAACUAUUGCGAUCAUAGUUUCGAAUAGCCCAUUGCCAUGGAACAUUUGGUCCGGUCGUUGGAGAUACACGGACUUAAGGAGCAAGUGAUACCUGCAUUAAGAAAAUUCGUACUUUUCCACCGAUAAUUAGAGCAUGCAUCGGAACCACAUACGUCUUUGUGUAGCCCACUGCGCACUGCGAGUUUCGGGGGGCCUCAACUAGAGGGCUGACCGUUCUCUGUGCUCCAUCGGUCGAGCAACACCCUACGUCCAAAACCAUUUAGGACUAUACAUCCAAAGAUGAGAAGAUGACUGGUGAGGCUUCUCUGAGAACCACGGAUCGUUGACGUUUCCCAGCUCUCUCGCUCCGUGUUUUUUUUUUUCCCGUCCGCAAAAACGUUGAAGCACUACCAUCAGACAGCAGUCAUCUGGAGCCCAUUUCCCCUGAAAGCACAAUGGCCUCAACACAGUGGAGGUGUUCCCUGUUCCACUGGCUGCUGCUCACUCUCAUUUACCUUCAUUGUUCCGAAGGGUUCAGCAGAGCUGCCUUGCCUUUCGGCCUGGUGAGAAGAGAGCUCUCCUGCGAGGGCUACGCCAUCGACCUGCGCUGCCCGGGGAGUGACGUCAUCAUGAUCGAAACGGCCAACUACGGACGGACGGACGACAAGAUCUGCGACGCUGACCCCUUCCAGAUGGAGAAUGUCAACUGCUACCUCCCGGACGCCUACAAGAUUAUAUCGCAAAGGUGUAACAACCGUACCCAGUGUGUGGUUGUCACUGGGUCCGACGUCUUUCCAGACCCCUGCCCGGGAACCUACAAGUACUUAGAGGUCCAGUAUGAGUGUGUUCCCUAUAUUUUCAUUUGUCCCGGGACUCUGAAGGGGGUCGGGGAGCCCACCUUUGUGUUUGAGGCGGAGCAGCAGGCGGGGGCAUGGUGCAAAGACCCCCUCCAGUCGGGGGACAAGGUCUUCUUCAUGCCCUGGACGCCCUACCGCACCGACACGCUCAUCGAGUACGCCUCCCUGGAGGACUUCAAGAACAGCCGCCAGACCACCACCUACAAGCUCCCUCACCGGGUGGACGGCACAGGCUUCGUGGCCUACGACGGCGCCAUCUUCUUCAACAAGGAGCGCACGCGCAACAUCGUCAAGUUCGACCUGCGCACGCGCAUCAAGAGCGGCGAGGCCAUCGUGGCCAACGCCAACUACCACGACACGUCGCCGUACCGCUGGGGCGGCAAGACGGACAUCGACCUGGCGGUGGACGAGAGGGGCCUGUGGGUGGUGUACGCCACGGAGCAGAACAACGGGCGCAUCGUGGUGAGCCAGCUCAACCCGUACACGCUGCGCUUCGAGGCCACGUGGGACACGGCGUACGACAAGCGCUCGGCCUCCAACGCCUUCAUGGUGUGCGGGGUGCUGCACGUGGUGCGCUCCACCUACGAGGAGAACGAGAGCGAGGCCAGCAAGAGCCACAUCGACUACACCUAUAACACCAAGCUGAGCCAGGGCGAGUACACCGACAUCCUGUUCCCCAACCAGCACCAGUACAUCGCCGCUGUGGAUUACAACCCCAGGGACAACCAGCUCUACGUGUGGAAUAACUUCUACAUCCUGCGCUACGACCUGGAGUUUGGCCCGCCGGAUCCAGACGAAGCGCCCGCCACAGACGACUUCUUGUCAACGGCGUUCCCGCCCGACACCACCGCGGCGCACCUGGCCACCAGCACGCCCUCGACCAGGGGCCAGCAGAACACCACCACCACCACCUCCGCCUCGGCCGCAGACCCGCGUGACGGCAGGGAGCCCAACCGGGCCGAGGACUCCCACGUGACGGCCGAGCCCUCCGCCCCAGAGAUGCCCCCCACCCCCAGGCGCUUCUGCGAGGGCACGGCGAGGAGGGGCAUCUCCUGGCCACAGACCCACACCGCCUCCACGGUCGACAGACCCUGCCCCAAAGGAACCAGAGGCAUCGCCUCCUACCUCUGCACGGUGACGGGGACCUGGACCCCGAGAGGGCCCGACCUCAGCAACUGCACCUCCCAUUGGGUGACGCAAGUGGCACAAAAGAUCCGCAGCGGCGAGAACGCGGCCAACCUGGCCAACGAGCUGGCGCGCCACACGCAGGGCCCGGUGUUUGCGGGGGACGUCAGCUCGUCGGUGCGCCUCAUGGAGCAGCUGGUGGACAUCCUGGACGCCCAGCUGCAGGAGCUGAGGCCCAGCGAGAAGGACUCGGCCGGGCGCAGCUUCAACAAGAGUGUCUGUUGUUCUCCGUCCUCCCCUGAAAAGCUUCAGAAGAGAGAGAAAACUUGCAGGGCUUACAUGAAGGCCAUUGUAGAUACGGUUGACAACCUCCUCAGGCCGGAAGCUCUGAAAUCCUGGGAAGACAUGAAUUCCACGGAGCAAACGCACGCCGCCACCAUGUUACUGGAUACCCUGGAGGAGGGGGCGUUCGUCCUUGCCGACAACCUGAUCGAGCCAGCUGUAGUCAAAGUGCCCGCCGAGAAUAUCGUGCUGGACGUGUACGUGUUGAGCACGGACGGGCAGGUACAAGACUUCAGGUUCCCCCAGAGCAGCAAGGGCGAGGCGUCCAUCCAGCUCACCUCCAACACGGUCAAAGUCAACAGCAAGAACGGGGUGGCCAAGCUGGUGUUUGUCCUUUACAAGCACCUGGGCCACUUCCUCAGCACGGAGAACGCCACGCUGAGGGGGCCGGGGGAGGCGGAACGCCGCAACCUCUCCCUGACAGUCAACUCCCACAUCCUGUCCGCCUCCAUCACCAAGGAGUCCAGCCGCGUGUUUGUGUCCGACCCGGUGAUCUUCACCCUGGAACACCUGGAUAAAGAGCACUACUAUAACCCCAACUGCUCUUUCUGGAACUACUCGGAGAGGAGCAUGAUGGGAUACUGGUCCACCCUGGGCUGCAAGCUUCUGGACACCAACAAGAGCCACACCACCUGCUCCUGCAGUCACCUGACCAACUUCGCCAUCCUGAUGGCCCACAAAGGAAAUGUGGGGGAGGGCAGCGUGCAUGAGCUCCUGCUGACAGUGAUGACCAGGAUGGGCAUCGCCGUGUCGCUGGUGUGCCUGGCCAUCAGCCUCUUCACCUUCUGCUUCUUCCGCGGCCUGCAGAGCGACCGCAACACCAUCCACAAGAACCUCUGCUUCAACCUCUUCAUCGCCGAGCUGGUCUUCCUCGUGGGCAUCAACAUGACAGAGCCUCAGCUGAUGUGCUCCAUCAUCGCUGGGGUCCUCCACUUCUUCUUCCUGGCGGCCUUCUCCUGGAUGUGUCUGGAGGGCGUGCAGCUGUACCUCAUGCUGGUGGAGGUGUUUGAGAGCGAGUUCUCCCGCAGGAAGUACUACUACGCGUCCGGGUACCUCUUCCCGUCCCUGGUGGUGGUCAUCUCCGCAGCCAUCGACUACCGCAGCUACGGGACUCAGAAGGCGUGCUGGCUGAACGCGGAGAACCACUUCAUAUGGAGCUUCAUUGGACCCGUCACCUUCAUUAUUACGCUCAAUCUCAUCUUUCUGAUGGUGACGAUGUACAAGAUGGUGAAGCACUCCACUUCCAUGAAACCGGACUCCUCCAGGCUGGGGGGGAUCAGGUCCUGGGUGAUGGGAGCCUUCGCCCUGCUCUGCCUGCUGGGGUUGACCUGGUCGUUCGGCCUGUUCUUCCUCAACGAUUCCUCCGUGGUGAUGGCCUACCUGUUCACCAUCUUCAACACCCUCCAGGGCAUGUUCAUCUUCAUCUUCCACUGCCUCCUGCAGAAGAAGGUGCGUAAAGAGUACAGCAAGUGUUUCCGUCAGUCCCACUGCUGCCGGCGCCUGCCCUCCGAGGGGCCCCACAGCGCCGCCAAGACGGCCACCUCCCGCUCCACCGCCCGCUACUCGUCCGCCACGCAGGUACAGGACAGGAGUCGCAUCAGGAGGAUGUGGAACGACACGGUGAGGAAGCAGUCCGAGUCGUCCUUCAUCUCGGGAGACAUCAACAGCACCUCCACUCUCAACCAGGGAAUGACUGGCAACUACCUCCUCACUAACCCACUGCUGAGAGCCCACGACACUAACAACCCUUAUAACAACCUGCUGGCGGAAACGGUGGUGUGCAACACCCCCUCCCCUCCGGCUUUUCACUCUCCAGGGCAGCACUCUCUGACCAACAGCAGGGACAUCAGCGCCAUGGACACCCUCCCCCUCAACGGCAACUUCAACAACAGCUACUCCCUGCGUGACGACGACUACGAGGACGUGGGCGUGCGUGCCCCCGGCGACCUGGGGGGCCUCAGCCUGGACGACGCCGCUUUCGAGAAGAUGAUCAUCUCCGAGCUGGUUCAGAACCACCUGAGGCCCCGCGGAGCCUCCAAGGGCCACGACCUCCCCAGGGACAAGGAGCGGGACAGGGCCCCUCCCCCCCAGACCAGGGCCAGGGGUGACCGCGGUGGGGGUGGGAGCGGCAGCGAGGACGACGCCAUCGUCGCGGACCACGCCCAGGCCUCGCCCCCCCAGCGGGGGGUCGGACUGGGGGGAGGCCACCCCACCCUGGAGCUGCUGCUGCACCCCCACCACAAGGAGGCGCUGGAGGCCCCCCUGCUGCCCCAGAGGACUCACUCCCUGCUCUACAGCGCCCAGAAGGCCCCCCGCAGGGCUGAGGGGGGCGUGGGCCACACCUCAGAGACCAUGACGGUUAGGGAGGACAUGGACCCCCAUUCGCCGAACAAUAACAGGGACUCCCUGUACACGAGCAUGCCUAACCUGAGAGACUCGCCCUCCCCCCCGGCCUCGCCCUACCCCCCCGAGGAGGAGGAGGAGGAGGAACUCUCCCCCUCCACUAGAAGCGAGGGCGAGGACCUCUACCACAAGAGCAUGCCUGAGCUGGGCGAUGGGCCCCAGCCCCUGUCCUACUACCACAUAAACCGGGGCACCAGCGAUGGGUGCAUUGUCCCACCUAGCGCUGAAGACUGCGUGCCCGAGGAAGAGGGCCCCCGGGAUGGACAGAUGCAGCUGAUCACCAGCCUCUGAGCAGGGGGGAACGCCAUCCUUCUGUUAGCACCGGCCUGAACAUAUCUGGGCUUUUGGUUGAUGUCAAAACUGUUUGCCAAGCCCUCCUCUGCACCCUCAAUACACUUCCUGUCAGUACAGGAUGUUUGUGGGUAGGAAGGGAGGAGAUGGAUGACUUUUUCUUUCCCACAGACGUGAGUAAAAUACACGAAACGUCUCUGUGAAACCAGGCGUCUUUUCGAACUGGAACUGCUCUGCUGUCCAUCUAGACGUGGAGACAAUAGUGCACAGACCACUCCGAGUGUUAGAGAGAAAUCUGGCGCCACCCCUGUUCAGCUUGCAUUUGUAUUAUACUAAAGACAGCGAGAACAAAAGACAUGGUCCGGGUUUAGAACUGUGGAAUGUUCCUCAUGUUCUGGACGAGAUUCCAGAACCAAGGUCCAAAAACCAGGAUGUGUUUGGUCCUGAACUCUCAUCACCAGAGAACUGCUACCACUCUGUCAGGACUGGAGACAUUUAGAUACCACUAAUUCAAGACUCAGGCCUUAUAUUUUCUCUAUUGCACAUUUAACUGUUGUCAAAGUAACAGCUAAAGAAAAUAUAUUUUGCUGUACCACAGGUGUAAAAAGUGAACAAAAAAUGUUACGGCAACGAUUUAGUGACUAUGACCUUUUAAUGUUGAGGCAAUCAUUUUUGAGAAAAAAAAAUAAGGUUGUUCAAAUGGUGGAAAUGUGGUUUUCCUUUCACACUUGACUCAUUGUAGUAUGUUUGGAAAAAAAAAAAAAAAACUGUUACAAAUCCCUUAUGAAACCAUGCUCACAUCUGCUUGUGAAGUGCUUUGCUUUCAUGAAUGGUGAGUUUUGCCAGUAAUAUAUUUGUCAACACCAUGCCAUGCACAGAUUUGGAGUGAAUUGGAUCGUUGUGUAAUUUAUUUUACUUGAAGAAAUUUGUCAGGAUACUUUUUAUGUCAAUACGAUAUUCAAGUUUUAUGAACAUAUUUCAGAGUUUGACACAAAUUAAUUUAUUGUUUUUGAACUAUUGAAAAUUGAAAAAGAAAAUGGUUGGACUGUGUGAUUUGUUUCAGCACUGUUUAGUUUCAUUUCAUUUAUUUUGUAAGAGCCCAUUGUCAGACAAUAUACAAUUCAACUCUUGUUUGAUAUCAAAUAAAUGUGAGAUUUUU